AUAUACAGAUGAGCUUAGCUACAGAAGCUCCCACAACUUCACGUGCCUAAUGUUAUGUUUAUUGUGCCUGCACGGAUGUAAACUAUCAGCAAAAGUGAUUUCGAUAAAAAAGUACUCACAAUAUGAUACAAUCAUGAGGAUUUAGAACCCAGGAAAACCAUACCUUUAUUAUAUGCAAUUUUCUUAUUCCAACCAUCAUGGGAAAAAAGAACAGCAAAUUGAAACCGGAGGAAGUAGAGGACUUAAAGAAACGGACAUAUUUUACAGAAAAAGAAAUUCAAAACUGGUACAAAGGCUUUAUGAAAGAUUGUCCAGAUGGUAAACUGACAUUAGAGGGAUUCACAAAAAUCUACAAGCAGUUCUUCCCUUUCGGAGAUCCAAGUAAAUUUGCGUCGUUUGUAUUCAAUGUUUUUGAUGAAAACAGGGACGGUUAUAUAGAAUUCCACGAGUUUCUUACAGCCUUAUCUGUUACUUCUAGGGGAAGUGUUCAAGAAAAACUUAAAUGGGCUUUCAAACUUUAUGAUUUAGAUAAUGAUGGGUACAUCACACGGCAAGAACUCCUCGAUAUAGUAGACGCUAUAUAUAAGAUGGUGGGAAGUAUGGUUAACCUUCCAGAAGAAGAAAACACACCGGAGAAAAGAGUAAAUAAAAUUUUUGACAUUAUGGAUAAGAAUCGAGAUGAUAAGCUCACCUUUGAGGAAUUCUUAGAAGGCUCAAAGAAAGAUCCCACCAUCAUCCAGGCCUUAACACUUUAUGAUAUGGCACAACCUCAAGGUCAAGGUUAAAUUCCAUGGUGUAACAUCAUCUGUUAAAACAAAGACUAUAUGAAAUUCUAAGGAACAUUGAAGACAUUCGUAAUUUACACAACAACGAAUGCAACACAUAUGUUUCAUUUUAUUUAUAUUCCUAUAUUUUUUAUUCCAAUCCAAAAAUAUCCAUGACAAAACAAUCAAGUCAUUCUUAUACAUGUACACGUGUAUCAACCGAUGCCAGUCCUUUACUUACCCGCAUUUAAAGGUAAUUUUAUUUCAUUCCAGAAUUUUCACUUGCAAUGCAAAAAAGUAAAUAGCAGUCUUAUUCAAGAAACAGGAAAUAAACGCGUUUAAUUUGAAUGUACCAAAAAAAAACCUUUACAAAAGUAAUACUUAAUCUUUUUCUGAUGUGUUGUUAACUUUAUGAAUACAUUAGACUGAAACCUACGUUCACAAAUGAUUGUUUUUCAGAGAAUUGGUUUCUGUGUAUUUUUCUUUAUGCCUUGAAGUCCAUCUCAUUAGUUUCAAAUAGUUAUACGGCUUGAAAAGAUGUACAAUGAAGCAAACAUCAUUUUAUUUUUAUUUUUCUGUAAAAAAAUAUUCCAAAAGUAAUGCAAAUACAUGUAUCUUUGCACUGCACCAGGUGUGAAUGUAGAUUCAGUAUAUCAUUCUUUGGUAAACCAUAGAGGAAUAUACAUUUAUAUGUGAAGCUCUUUUCGAGUAAAUUGCAGAAAUUUCGUAGAACAAAUUGAACUUUUCAUAACUUUUUUGAUCAUUUAGCCAUCAACGUUGUUAAUAAGCCUGUAUAGAACUCUCUGAACAAAUAUAUGAAUUGCAAAGGUUGCACUGGCUUUUUUGUAGCUUUAUUCAAGCCUAAAUUCUUUUGCUUAAAUUUUAGAAUAAAAAGUACCUAAAUGAGUAUUUCUUUAAAUUAAAUACAAUUAAACUUGGAUGUAAAAUUCUUUUUUCUCUUGUAGUAAUGCUUACAUUUUUCAAAUACACUGUAUUCAGUGAGCGAAUUGCGUUUGCAGAAUGAAACAUUUUUUAUUAAAGAUAUAUUUAAAGUGUUAACUUAUGAUAAAGAAAUAAUUGCAAUAGAUAACGAGAAACGUAUUGGCUGUGUCAUUUCAUGAUAAAGGACCCAGUUUUACCAAAUUCAAACUCACCGUAACUGAACGAGGAUUGUUUUAUAAAACCAGUGAAGUUUUGUACAAUGUUAAGCAAUAAUUAUACCCUUAUGCAAGAUACAGUAUUUACAUUGUUUGUUGUAUGCAUUUUACUUUAGUUACUGGUGUUGAUGAAAACCUAUCAUUUCAAUCAUGUAUAUCAUGAUGAUAGUACUAACUUCAUGGAAUACAAUAUGACAUGUGAUGAAAUUUUAAUAUUAUUUUGUAAAAUAAAUCCUCUCCAGAUUUUA